GAGGGUAUUCAUUAUCGCCACUGAGCGUCGCCAUUUUGUUUUUAUGUGGGCAUGCGCGGGAAAGUACUGUCUUCUGCUUCCCCGCGACGUUGGACUGGUUUGGGCUUUUCGAUUGCAAUGGCGGCUCGUGCGUCUGGUGGUUCCAAAUUGCAUUGCUGCGUACCGUUGUGUAAUGGCGAUAGCCGUUACUCACCAGACUUAUCGUUCCACUCUUUCCCCAAAAAUGAAGAGAGCGUGGGUUCACAGUAUUCGUCGCGAUCCUGGUAAACAUUUUCAAAUUACACCAAGCCUGCGAGUUUGUGGCAACCAUUUCAGACCCGAAGACAUAUAUGAGACGCCUUCUGGUCGACGCCGUUUGCACCGCAACUCAGUUCCAUCAAAAUUUAGUUGGACAAAGUUAAUUGCAGAGAGACCACUGCCAAACAGACUGAGAACCACUGAUGAUGCCACUGUACCAAGCAGUCGGACCAGCAGUCUGAGUUUUAAUCACAUUAAUCCUACUCAAGUGGAUCACAACUACUGCAUUGUAGUGAAAACAGCUAAAGAAAAACUUGAGCAAGCUUUAAAAGAAAUUGAGAAUUUAAAAACUCAAGUUUCAAAGCUGUCAAUAUCUAAAUUCGGUAUGGAACGUUUCAAGGCGUCAAGCUCCAUGAUUAAAUAUUAUACUGGCUUUAGUUCCUAUUGUUUAUUGAUUGACUUUUUCCACAUAUUGUUGGACUGUGCUAACUCUUUAACACUAUGGUCUGCUGUAAGCGAAGAAGUUUAUAAUGGAAGUAGCGAUUUUUUAGACCACCCUUGUAAGAAGCGAUCGCUUCCACUGGCUGAUGAACUAUUUUUAUUUUUGUGUCGUCUGAGACAGGGCUUUGAUGAGAUCCAUCUUAGUGAUGUUUUUUGCAUAUCACAGUCCACUGUCUCUCGGAUAGUUAUCACAUGGGCUAAUUUUCUUUAUUUUACCUUGGCAUCUAUCCCAAUUUGGCUCACAUGGGCUAAUUUUCUUUAUUUUGCCUUGGCAUCUAUCCCAAUUUGGCCUACUCGUGAGCAGGUUUAUGAAAAUAUGCCACAGUGUUUUAAAAACCAAGGUUAUGGUCUACACGCAUAG